UUUUUCCCACCAAACAGACAUCCUUAUAAAAUCUUCUUUUCCAAUAACAAAACCCAUUUCUUGAUUCUCAAUAUCUUCAUCAAAAUCUUUGAUUAAAAAAAAGUUUAAAUCCAAAUGCUUCUCCAAACUCAAUCUUUGACACCCCAUUUUCUCCCUCCUUUAAUUCCCUUCAAAUCCAUCACCAAACCCCAAUUCAUUCAUUUCAACCAAACCCCACCUCGCAAAUUCUCUCUCAAAUGCUCGCUCUCCGUGGUUUCCGACCCGACGACAGCAAGCACCCCAGUGGGUGUUUCAAACGACAAGCCGUUUCCUGCUGAGGUGUCCAGGACCAUCAUGGAGUUGUCGUCCUCUGGCACUCUCUCAAUGUUGACUUCUAACGGCUGGCCUUUGGGCGUUGGUGUGAGAUUCGCCGUUGACGAUGAAGGGACUCCGGUUUUAUGCUUGAAUCAAUCUUGUAAAAAGCUCAGUGUUGAUAAGAAGUCCAGUCUUCAUGUUCAGUUGGAGCAGUGUGGAUUGAGGACUCCUCAGUGCACAAUUCAAGGAAGCCUUGACAAGCCGGAAGACUUAAACAUUUUAAAGCGGCUUCAUUCAAUGUGGAAAAAGCGAUUUGGAGAAGAAGUUGAUAAAAACCUUAUACAUGUCAUCACUGUGGAAAGGGUACUUCAGAUGGAAGACUUCGAGGAGGAUGGCAUUUGGGUCUCUUCUUCAGAUUAUACAAAUGCAAGCCCAGAUCCACUUAGAGAUUUUGCAGAAAAGAUUGUCAAUGAGAUCAAUGCCAAUAAUAAGGAAGAUUUGUAUCGCUUUUGCAAUGUAUAUGUUGAUCUGGACUUUCAGGUGUCAGAGGCGAAGAUGAUAUGGGUUGAUCGGUUAGGCUUCGACAUGCGUCUCUACUCGAUUCAAAACAAUGUAUUUGAUGUCCGCAUUCCUUUCCCCCGCGAAGUGACUGAUGAGAAGGGCGCGAAGUCCUCAUUUAAUUGCAUGUCGCAACAAGCUUGGGAGGUGGAAAAGAAUUAUCAAGCCCCGGACUAUAAGAAAGUGAAACAAAUGAAGCAAAUUACGUAAGAUAUUGUGAUGAACCCUUUUUUUUUUUUUUUUUGGUAACACUGCAAUGGUGCUUGAGGCGUAUGAAAUUUAUUU